AAACCCAUCAAAGCUUCUCCUUUUAGGAAAAAAAAUCGUAUUUUUCCUCUCUCUCACUCUCUCUCUCUCUCUGCUUUCGCCGGCAUUUUCUCCGGUUAUCUCUUCUUCGUCUCUCAGAUCCGUCAGGGAUUGGAGUGUGCACAAGAAAAAAAAAAAACAGUUUUUGGAUGUGCAAAUGAGCAUUAUCACAGAUGUUAUUUGCAGCAGAAGGUGGAGGAUUCUUCUCUUCAUCAGCUUCUGGGUAUAGCAACGGUUUAGCCCUUCUUCUAUUGGGCCAGAAAAAUGAACAAAAACCAGUAAGAGUAUCACCAUGGAACCAUUAUCAUUUGGUAGUUGAGGAAACUGAUACCAAAUUUCACUUAGCUCCGUCUAAGAACUGGCUCUCGCGUCGCUGCACUUCUCUUGUAUGCUUUGGUCGCAAAUCUGAAAGACGGGAGGAGGAUCCAUCUCCUAUCCGAGUCAAUUCUUCUCAACCGAAAGAUCAUGUAUCGAGUGUGGACUAUAAUGGUGUAGUCACUAAUAAUAGGUUUGCGCUUAAGAGCAGCCUGAAGAAAAGAUCAUUCAGCGACGUUGUUCUUGCUGAUGUUGAUGAUGUGAGUAGAGAUGGCGUGUUGGAUCACGCAGAUCGAAGGAAAGUGCAGUGGCCUGACACUUGUGGUAUUGAGAUUGCUGAGGUCAGAGAAUUUGAGCCUAGUGAAGUGGAUGACUCGGACAACGAGUUUCAACAUGGAAGUAGCAAAAGCUGUAUGUGCACAAUCAUGUAACCAGUGUCUCCUUCCUUGAUCUAUUGGCCAAUAUGUAUUCAGAGCAAAGGGGUUUUCAAUGGCAGCAGCUCAUAUAGUUGAGAUAGAAUCCUCUUUCUCCGACCGAGUUUCUGUACUCUCUUAUCCUGUGCACCUUUGUUAUAUAUACAUAUAGAGAGAGAUGAAUAUAGUUUGCAAAAGAAGAUUGGAUAAGAAGAGGAACUUUUGGAUGUGUGUGUACCUUUUGUAGCCACUUGAUUUGUCAAUUUUGUGCUGUGUUAAAGAUUAUUCAAUGUACAAACAUCUCUAAUGCUACCCUGUCCUGUAAUGAUGAAUCCACACCACAACUU